CGGAUUCGAGACGAAUUUGGAAAUCAAGAUUCAAGAAGAUUAAUUUUUUCUAAACAAAUUCGGAUAUCAAGAUUUGUUUAUCGAACCGUUUGCAGCCCUGAGUUGCCUAAUUAUUGCCCUUUUAUUUAAUAAGCCUAGCCUGGGUUUGACCGUUUGAGCUGAAAACUCAAUACCAGUAAACCAGUAAACAAUCUCUUCAAAAGGCGAGUUUUGGAGAAGGCAAUUUCGGUCAUUUCGUUUAGAGAAAACCCAAGUUGACCCACUCUCCCACUCUUCUGACUUCUCUCGCCAACUAUCCAGUUUCUGUUUCACGGCAUCGUCCAGGCUCCCAGUCCCCUCCGUCGUUUGUCGGUCCUUCUUAUCUCAAUAUCUCCAAAUAUCCAGUCGUCCCGCCGGUGAUUGCAGCAGCUAAAUCUGAUCAUGAUGCUGAAUUGAAGAGUCUCUGCAUUCGUUAGAUGUCUCUCGUGAGUUUCUCUUUGCAGAACAUGCGGUAUUUCUUCAGUGUCUUGCUGUUCACAGAGUGAUUACAGGGAAGAUGAAGGUCUCGUUGAUGUUUCAAUCUCCUGUAGUAUUUGCCAUUAUUUGCAGCUGUAUUUACCUCUUGUUUCUGGUCAGCAAAUCUAAUGGUCAAGCGACUACAGACCCAAUUGAAGUGAAGGCUUUAAACUCUAUCUUCCAACAAUGGGGAAUAUCUGAUGUUAGUUCAUGGAAUAUAAGUGGAGAGCCUUGUAGUGGUGUUGCCAUCCUUAACUCAACUAAUAUUGAUGAUACGGAUUUCAACCCUGGGAUUAAAUGCAAUUGUAGCUACAAUAAUGGAUCAACUUGCCACAUAACUCAUUUGAAAGUUUAUGAGAAAGAUGUAAACUCAGUAAUUCCGGAAGAGCUUGCCAACUUGACAUAUCUAACUUAUCUGAAUUUGGAUAGGAACUACUUCACAGGAUCCAUGCCUACUUUCCUCGGCCAGUUAUCAGCAAUGCAAAACUUGUCACUUGCAAUCAAUGCGUUAUCUGGAAGCAUUCCCAAGGCGAUCGGAAACCUCAAGGACCUGAUUUCUCUGUCUUUUAGCUCAAAUAAUUUCUCUGGAGCACUUCCUUCUCAACUUGGGAAUCUAGUCAAACUUGAAGAAUUGUACAUAGACAGUUCUGGAGUAAGUGGAGAGAUCCCUACGUCAUUUGGUAGCCUAGUAAACAUGCGGAUUAUGUGGGCUUCAGAUAAUAAUUUUACAGGAAAGAUACCUGACUUCAUUGGGAACUGGACGAAGCUUACUGAAUUGAGAUUUCAAGGGAAUUCUUUUCAAGGUCCAAUACCGGCUAGCUUUUCUAACUUGACUUUAUUAACAGAUCUGAGAAUAAGUGAAUUAUCUAAUGUCAGUUCUACGUUGGAUUUCAUUAAAGAUAUGAAGGCUUUAACCACAUUAGUUUUGAGAAACAAUAUGAUAUCUGGUACCAUCCCAUCAAACAUCGGAGAGUAUGAAAAGUUGCAACGAUUGGAUUUAAGUUUCAACAAUCUAACUGGCCAGAUUCCAAGCUCUCUAUUCAAUUUGAGUUCUCUCUCUCACUUGUUUCUCGGGAACAAUAGUUUAUUUGGUGCUCUUCCUUCUCAAAAGAGUUCAAGUCUUCUCAAUAUUGAUUUGUCAUAUAACCAACUCUCAGGAAGCUUUCCUUCAUGGGUGACAUCAGACCUACAACUGAAUUUGGUGGCAAACAACUUUAUAUUUGAUAGUUCAAAUAUCAGCAUUUUUCCAAUGCUAAAUUGUCUUCAGCGAAAUUUCCCAUGCAAUAGAGCGUCUCCACGCUAUUCCAGUUUUGCAAUCAAGUGUGGUGGUCCAGAGCUGACAGCUCUAGAUGGUGUAGUUUUUGAGAGGGAAAAUAAAUCUCUUGGCCCAGCAUCAUACUAUGUAACGAACACAAGCAAAUGGGCUGUUAGCAAUGCUGGGAUGUUCUAUGACAGAAAGGGAUCAUUGUACACCCAAAACUCUUUGGCACAAAUUACAGGUGGAGGAACAUUAAACUCUGAAUUCUUCAGGACAGCAAGACUAUCUCCAGGAUCAUUAAGAUACUAUGGCCUGGGUUUGGAGAAUGGAACAUAUAAUGUAAGCCUACAUUUCGCUGAAAUAGGAUAUGAUGAUCAAAGUUCACGCACCUGGAAGAGUCUUGGAAGGCGUGUUUUCGAUGUUUACAUACAGAAUUUUUAA